UCCUUCUGUGUGUCUCUCUCAUUGACAUCCCGCUCUGCAGAAAGGACGGCUGUGUUUCUGUGGAUAAAGAACCUUUCACACAGAAAGCCUCGUGAGAUCAAGAUGAAGAUGAAGAUGUUGCUGUUUCUGCUUCUCCUGGGAAUAGUAGGCCCACGCUGCACAUCUGCACGGACUCACUCUCUGAAGUAUUUCUACACUGCGUCCUCUGGAGUCCCAAACUUCCCAGAGUUUGUGAUUGUUGGGUUGGUUGAUGAAGUUGAGAUGGUGCACUACGACAGCAACACCAAGAGAGCAGAACCCAAACAGGACUGGAUGAACAACAUCACAGAAGAGGAUCCUCAGUACUGGGAGAGGGAGACUCAGAUCUCUCUGGGUCAACAGCAGGGCUUCAUAAACAACAUUGAAGUUGCAAAGCAGCGCUUCAACCAAACUGGAGGUGUCCACAUUAACCAGAGGAUGUACGGCUGUGAUUGGGAUGAUGAGACUGGUGAGGUCAAAGGUUAUGAACACUUUGGUUUUGAUGGAGAAGACUUCCUGAUACUGGACCUGGAGACAGAGUCAUACAUCGCUCCAAGACCACAGGCUGUCCUCACCAAACAGAGGUGGGAGAAGAACAAAGGUUUGAUGGCCCAGAACAAGAACUACUUCACCAAGGAGUGUCCUGAGUAUCUGAAGAAGUAUGUGAACCUUGGGAGGAGCUCUCUGAUGAGAACAGAGAUCCCCUCAGUGUCUCUGCUCCAGAAGUCCCCCUCCUCUCCAGUCAGCUGCCACGCUACAGGUUUCUACCCGGACAGAGCCCUCAUGUUCUGGACCAGAGACGGAGAGGAGCUUCACGACAACGUGGACCACGGAGAGAUCCUGCCCAACCACGACGGAUCCUUCCAGAUGAGCGUGGACCUGGACGUCUCCUCAUUCCCCGCUGAACACUGGGACAAGUACCGAUGUGUGUUCCAGCUCUCUGGGGUGAAGGAGGACCACGUCAUCGUACUGGACUCAGCUGUGAUCAGGACCAACAGAGGGAAUCCCCUCCUCCUCCUCCUCAUCAUCGGUGCUGCAGUGGCUGCUCUCGCUCUCCUCAUCGCUGGGAUUGUAUUCCUGGUUUACAGGAAGAGGAACGCCAAUAAAAACCCUCCCUCUCCUGCCUCCAGCUCUGAGCUCACUGAGAGACUGAACCAGCCAUCAGAGUGAGGGGCUUCACAUCAACUCUCCACCUGUUGCUACAGAGCUCUUUCUCUGCUCUCAAACCUCUCCAGCUGCAGCUUUAGAGUUCAAACCCUUCUGCAGAGUGACCUCAGAAAGGCACGAUGCUUUCAGAAACACAAAUAUUAGAAAGAUCAAUGACAUCAGUUCAAUAAAAUAGUGUAACACCGAUUAGAAACAUUCACCUGUAGAUCAGAAGCAGAUCAGAGAAGUGACUCAUGUUCUGUUCUGUGUCUUUAGGGUUAUGCAUCAGGGGGCGCUGCCACCACAUUCUCCCCGUAAACUGUUCAUUAUUCAUCAUCUGAUCAAUAACUGAUCACCUGAUCAAUAACUGAUCAUCUGAUCAAUAACUGAUCAUAUUAGAGUUUGGAAAUCAAGCAAUAGCUCAUUGAUUGGAAAACAGAGGAAUCAUGUUAUUUGGAUCAUUUGGGUUUCACACACACUCACACACACACACACACACACACACACACACACACACACACACACACACACACAGGUAGCAGCGAGUGAUAUUGAUUUCCCUUUCUGAGCUUUUCUAAAUGAAUCAGAAGUGUCUUUAUUUAUAACAUGUCUCUUGAAUUGGUUUUAAAACAUAAUAGUGUGUGAUUUUGAUAAUGUUGCUAUGAUUUAGGGACAGGGAGGUUUUGUGUACAGAGCCAGCGGACUGUGACGUUCUCUUUAGUUUGGGGUUCAGAGGUGAACGUGACAUGAAGUCGCUCUGCAUUGUUAACCCUUUCCUGUCCGUGUUUCACUUUCCAAUAAAAACCCAUCUCCCAAA